AGAGCAUCAUUAAAUAGACAUAGACUGUUGACAACAGUAUAAGUGUGAUUUUCGUUUGUUGUUAUUCUCAAAGCCGUGCAGUUUCAUGAAUAGAGAUAUUCACUGACAGCUACUAGUUACUACAUCCAGCAAGUUGCCAAAAACUUAGAAAACAGCCCCUUCAAAAGAAGAUAUAAAAGAAGACGGCCGCUGCUUCUUGUAGCUGCUGAACCCAAAGCAAACCCUCCAUGGAUCCUGUAAAGCUACUACUUGGGUUUCUAGUUCUGGGAUCGGUGGGACAACUACACAUGGUUAAUGGUCAUGGUGGUACGAGGGUUUGUAAGUUUCCUGCUAUAUACAACUUCGGCGACUCAAAUUCCGACACAGGAGCAAUAUCUGCAGCUCUAUCUGAAGUCCAACCACCCAAUGGCGAGAGCUUCUUUGGGAGUCCCUCUGGAAGGUUUUGUGAUGGUCGGCUUCUCGUUGAUUUCAUCGCUGAGAAAUUGAAGUUACCAUUGCUGAGUCCCUACUUGGAUUCGCUCGGGACGAAUUUCAGGCACGGGGCAAAUUUUGCAACAGGAGGUUCAUCAAUUAGGCCUGGUGGUUAUAGCCCAUUUCAUCUUGGCAUUCAGAUUUCCCAAUUUGUGAGAUUCAAAUCUCACUCCACAGCUCUCUAUACUCAGCUCACUCCAAACGCAACUUCCUCACCCUUCAAAUCCAAGCUUCCCAGGCCGAAGGACUUCUCAAAAGCUCUAUAUACAAUUGAUAUUGGACAGAAUGAUCUUGGUUAUGGUUUUCAACACACCACACCAGAAAAAGUUGUUGCCUCCAUUCCUGAUAUCCUUGGUCAGCUCUCCGAAGCAAUACAUAAACUAUAUGAAGAACGGGCAAGGUUUUUCUGGGUACAUAACACAGGCCCAAUUGGUUGCUUGCCAUAUACUGUUAUAUAUGACAAAUCAAAACCAGGUAGUCUUGAUGGAAAUGGGUGUGUGAAGCCUCAGAAUGCAGUGGCUCAGGAGUUCAAUAGGCAGCUUAAGGACAAGCUCUUACAGCUAAAGAAAACACUUCCUCUUGCAGUAUUCACAUAUGUCAAUGUGUACUCUGCUAAAUAUGAACUAAUAAGCUAUGCAAAAGAUCUAGGCUUUGUUGAUCCUCUGGAGUUUUGCUGUGGUAGUUAUUAUGGUUAUCAUAUUAAUUGUGGGAAGAAAGCUAUUGUGAAUGGAACCGUUUAUGGUAAUCCUUGUAAGAAUCCAUCAAAGCACAUUAGCUGGGAUGGCAUACACUAUUCUCAGGCAGCUAACCUUUGGGUUGCUGACCACAUUCUUAAUGGAUCAUUUUCCGAGCCACCAGUUUCAAUUGGGGAAGCUUGUCAUAGUCUCAAGAAUGUAUGAACACCUGUAUUAAAUUUCAUUGGGCAUUGUUUGCUAUAAUAAGCUUCUUAUAUUUGAUUAUAUGUGGCAUGCUUAUGUGAACUACAUCUCAAUUGGAGUUAUAUAUCUACUAUAACACAAAGCUGGGCCUUUCAUUCCAGAAAUAGAAGAGAUCUAAAAAAGAAGUUUUAUUUUGUA